AGCUGCUCAGGGCUGCAAACUAUGAUAGGAACGAAUUUUGAAAGUUGCAAAAGUGCAAGAACUGUUCCAAGCCUGGUGUAUAUCUGUCAACGUGUCCUUGGUGCAAAUAUAGACCGCAUCGUUAGCUUUGGGGAUGAAGUUCCGUAUCGGCUGAUCGGGCCAAUUCUACAAGGCUGUACUGCAGACACGCUCCUGAGGCUUGAGCAGGAAACCCCGCAUCUUCAUGAGUGUACAUUGGAGCUCUGGAAAGACAUAUGUGUUCGAACUUAUCCCACUGCUGUUGAUCAAGUACUGAGCACUCCUGGUGAUGAACCAGAGUCGUGGCGUGAUUUUUAUGUUUGUACAAGAGAAAGAGAGAUCAGACGCUUUGAAGAAGCCGCCAACAAGCUUCGCAGCCAACGAAUUGAAGCCGAGGAGAUGAAACGAAAACGUCAAGUCAAGCUCACGGAUAGGCUCCCACCUACAAAGCGGCCUAGAACCGGUUGUAUGUCUGCCUCUCUGACUUCUGGGUUCUCUAUCUGCUUUUCGUCUCAUGCUUGCUUUCACAUGUGCACGGGGUUGAAAGUCGCGCUGCCCCCUAAAACGCUUCUAGAGAAGACACGUAAGGAAGCAACGAAGUUCCAGAGAAGUGUCCUUGGACCACCGACUUUGCCACCAGCUGGUAAUUCGAAGGGUUUCCGAGCUAAAAUUGGCGCUCCUUGUGCUCAGUUUACUGAAAAAGACGAGAGCCGUGUUAAGAUAAAUACGAUUGUUGUGCGUAACUCCUCACCGCCAAACCUCUUGUUACCCUCGUCACAAGCUCUGCACAAACCGGAACCCACAACAAGGACAUCUAGAUUAUCUCAAAGUCGACCUAAUCGUUGACGUAGUACAAAUACUCCCACGUGCAAGUCACCUGAGAUUGCAGCUAGGAAAGUUCCGCUGCGUACCUUAUUUUCGAGUAAGGCAGCAUUGUCUUCCCAGGAAUCGAGAUCACUUCUCUCUACUUCUGGUGCUCGCUUGAUAGCAUAUAGCUUCCUUCUAUUGCUGUUGUAUCCUCGUAGUGUAAUAUUU